AUGGUGCCGAUCGUCCGUCCCGCCAAGGCAGACCGCCAAGUCGUCGCUCCGGGGCCCGAGUCAUGCGCUCUCCACUGCGCCGACCCCGUCGCCCGCAUCAACGACGCCGUCGAUCGUCUCGACUGGUCGUGUCUUCGUCGCGUCCUUGCCGUGCCUGGGAACCCGGGGUAUCGCCUUUGCCGUGCGACCGAGGCUGAUUUCGAGACGUACGUGGCGUCCGAGGACCAGGCGUUCAAGUCGCGCUACUUGGCGUUGAACGAUGGAUUUCUCUUCAUUGUCGAGAUACCAUCGCCGCUGCACAGCGCGAUCGCCGACGCCGUGAACGACCUCAUGAAGCUUGCUACAGGGACGAUGGUCACACAUCUCGAAUCCUCCGGUGAUGCAUACGUCGACACGUCCCAUCUGCCCGAGGACCAGCGACUGUCUCGUCUUGAGCCCGAUGGCUCCUUUGGUCCGACGGACGCCUCCGGUGCGAUCCUCCCCGCCACACUCACGUGCUGGGGCGAGUACCAGACGAUCAAGGUCGAAGUCGGCGUCUGUGAAGGAUGGAAUCACAUGGACCGCAAGGUCUUGCGCUAUGCAGCGUUCACAGGCAUCCAGUACGUACUCUGUAUUUACGUCUCGCCUGCCACAGCCAGCACGGCCUUUAUGGCGGUGCGCCAGUACAAGCUCUGCUCCUUUGUCCACAACGUGCUCGAGGGCCCGCCUCCGGCUGCGGUUGCGCCGAUACCAAUCACAGCCGACACAGAGGUGGAACUCGACGCCCGACGACUCUUGGCGUUACCGCCCCACGUCCGGAUCCCCGAUGGCUUUAACAACACGGUCGUCCUGCGUCUGAACGAUGCACUACGUCGCACGUGGCGCAGCGGCAACCCCGACCGGACGCAAGUCGCGGCUCCGUUUUAA